AGGACUUGGCUUCCGCUUGCAAGGCCUUGAGAGGCACUCGAAGGAACUUCCUCUCAGCAUGUGCAGCCAGCCGGCUUCGCCAGCCAUCAGCUCUUCCAUCAGCAGCUCCCCGGACAGACGCCCCAGAUGGACUCCGGAGCCGGGGAAGUGGGCACGAAAGGAGGAAGGACUCAGCCAGAACGGCCCCCCCCUGCAAGGCCUGGAGAGGUGCCUGCGGGAGCUCCCCCCAACCGUGCGCAGCCAGCCCCCUUCGCCGGCCCUCAGCAGCUCUUCAGAUGGGCUCCACAGGUGGACCCCGGAGGCAGGGAAGUGGCCCAGGAAGGAGGAAGGAACCAACCCCCCAGGCGUCCCUCCCCUUCAAAGCUUGGAGAACUGCUUGAAAGAAAUCCCCAUGAGUGGGAAUUCACUGCCAAACUGUUUCACAGCAACCAGCUUCUUCUGUACCCAGAAGCUGAGGAGAGCAGAUGCCGAAUCCCGGCAACGGUGGGCAGGAGGUGGUCCCAAAGACAACCUGCCACGGUCUCCCACGAUCGUCUCUGGAUGUGUGGAAGGCAGCGCGGAAAGUUCUCCUCUGGACAGACUGAUGAGCUGCCUGAAGGAGGUCCCCAUCCGGCGGCCAAGUUACCUCAACACGCCCAGCCUCUCCUCCACCUCCUCCAGCUGCAGUGAAUCCGAGAGGGACCAGCAGAGCCCCGAGAGCAGUGGGGCGUGGUGGGACAGCAGCCAGGCUCUGGCGGGCAGCAUUGUCAUCCGCAGUCCCCACGACUCCCCAAAAGACAGGGCUGCCGGCCCCCCUAGAGGCUCAGACACGCCCCUCCCGGACUCCUUGGGUGGCACCUCAGGAAGAGAGGCAGAGCAGAACCGUGUGGAAGGCCAGCGCCCGCAGCCUUUACCUGAGGGUGAGGAGCCUCAUCUAUGCACCAGUUGGCCUGAUCCUGCCUGGAGCGCAUCUGCCAGAUGGGGCAGAAAUCUGGGCAAGGCCCAGGCUGAGCCCCACAGCCCCGGGUGA